AUGUCAGACUCCUUGGUCCGUGUUUCAAGACGGGUCGGAUGGGGAGCCCGCAGGCCGUUGCAGCGCAGCAUCCCGAGGGAUGCGCCUGCGGCGCGCGGUAACCGGCCGUGCCGACGACGGCUGCCGGGGGCACCUAAGGUCCCCGGGCUUAGGCCGCCGGCGCGGCCGACAACAGUCCACACCCCGAGCCGAGCGGCGGACCAGCAAAAGCCGUUCCGCAUACGACCGGGGCGCAUCGCCGGCCCCCAUCCGCUUCCCUCCCGGCAAUUUCAAGCACUCUUUGACUCUCUUUUCAAAGUCCUUUUCAUCUUUCCCUCGCGGUACUUGUUCGCUAUCGGUCUCUCGCCUGUAUUUAGCCUUGGACGGAGUUUACCGCCCGAUUUGGGCUGCAUUCCCAAACAACCCGACUCGUUGACGGCGCCUCGUGGUGAGACAGGGUCCGGGCCGGACGGGGCUCUCACCCUCCCAGGCGUCCCUUUCCAGGGAACUUGGGCCCGGUCCGUCUCUGAGGACGCCUCUCCAGACUACAAUUCGAGUAGCGAAGCUACCCGAUUCUCAAGCUGGGCUGUUCCCGGUUCGCUCGCCGUUACUAGGGGAAUCCUUGUAAGUUUCUUCUCCUCCGCUUAUUUAUAUGCUUAAACUCAGCGGGUAGUCCCGUCUGACCUGGGGUCGCGGUCCGAGCGCCUAAACGCUUCGGUCGUGUAUGGGUCCUUGAGGC